UUCGAACCUGAACGUAAGUCGAAUUUUGAUUCCUGAGAUUUCCUUUAAAAAAUAUUUCAUAUUUUGGUUGAGACCAAUCGUUUUACUCAUAAGCAGCGAUGGAAGAUCAAGUCAUGUCUAGAAUAAUUUGUCGUUAAAGGAUUGAUUCUCAUGUUUAUAAAUGUAUAUUCUCAUUUCACAAUACAACAGGAUACAGAAUCCUUCUCUUUUGUAUUCCCGAAUUUUUCAAAUGUACUUUGCAACAAAAAUGAAUCAUUCCAUAUUCUGAAACCCAACAUAAGAGUCGUGAGUUCAGAAGGCCGGAUGCUGCUUUAUCUUGUGGGGGGGCAUUUGAGUUGGACAUUUAACUCUGAUUAUGAACUCUGCUUGCUACACCAGCAUACAUUCAGUUCAGACGUAAAGUGCGCUUCAAGAUAAUCGGUGUUUGUGUCACAGUCUUAUUGUUUCAUCAACGCAACUUGCGAUAGUCAUUGUGUGUCUGAACAAUGUACCAAAGCCAUAUUGGAGUUAGACUUAUAAGAAUAAACUUUGUGUUAAUUAUCUAAUCGUAAAUGAAAAAUGAAUUGAAUUUUUCGACAUAUGCGAUUUAAACUGACUUCAAGAAAUUAGAAGAUUGUUAUGGAUAUUCGUAACUCCAAGUAGAAAAAUCUUGUUCCAGAAUCAGAUAUUCUACAAACUGAACCAUCACAUUUGCCAAAGAUGAUUUCGAUUAAAAACGUCUUGUGCAACCAAUCAGUGAAGAGACAUUCUUUCGCUUUGAGAUCAUUUGGAUUCAGAUUUUUAUUUAUUUUUUUUACUUUGACUGUUACCUCGCUGAUCGUAACACCAGUGCACGCAAUCUUUCAUGUUUACUCUCCGAGCGACCCUAUUCUAAGAACUAGUUAUGCCAUCGAUGACAAUGAACAAAAAUUUGGAAAUAUUCCGAAAGCAUUACGAUUCGAUUGUCAUCCAGAGGAUGGAGCAUCACAGUUGUCUUGUACGAAUCGUGGGUGCUGCUGGAACCCGAUAGACGAUGAUAAUGACAGUGAAAAUAUGUAUAGAUUGGAUGCGCCUUUCUGCUACUAUCCAGAGGAUUGGCCCGGCUAUGAAUUUAUCAAUUCUACAAUCAAGGGAAACGAUUUCUCAGGAUUUUUAAUACGAAAAGUAAAAUCUUUCUAUAACGAUGAUAUACCCGUUAUUAAAAUGGAAACUACAACAUUGAGCGAUUCUAUUUUACGUGUGAAGAUUCACGAUCCUCAGAGUUCUCGUUACGAACCUCCGUGGCCUGUCAAAUCGAACUGGGAAACUUCACGUGUGAAAGAUUCAUCUUCCAAAUACAUUUUUCAAACUGAUUCCUCCAGACCUGGUUUUGCGAUUAAACGUGCAGCAGAUAACAAUACUAUAUUUGAUGCUAUCGGAAAAGGAGGUUUCAUAUUCUCAGAGAGGUUCCUGCAAAUAAGCUCUCUGCUACCAUCGCACAAUAUUUACGGUUUGGGUGAGCAUAGAACAAAGCUCAAACUCAAUACCAAUUGGAAUUUGUUUACAAUGUUCAACAAGGAUCAACCUCCAACAGAGCAGGCAAAUCUAUAUGGCUCGCAUCCCUUCUACAUUGUUAUCGAAGAUUCCGGUGACUGUCACGGUGUCUUAUUUCUAAACAGCAACGCAAUGGACAUUAUACUGCAGCCAGCUCCGGCUAUAACAUUUAGGACGAUAGGUGGUAUCCUCGAUUUUUAUUUUUUUAUGGGUCCCACGCCUGCAGAUGUUCUUAGACAAUAUGCUGUAAUAGUUGGAAAACCUUUUUUUCCACCUUAUUGGUCUUUGGGCUUCCAUCUGUGCCAACUUGGAUACGGGAGUGUUUCUAGAACCAGAGAAGUUUGGAACCGAACACGAAAUGCCGGGAUACCAUUUGACACGCAAUGGAACGACAUAGACUACAUGGAAAACAGAAAUGAUUUCACUUAUGACAAAAAGAAUUUCAAGGACUUGCCUCAGUUCGUUGACGAAAUUCACUCGGUGGGAAUGCAUUACAUUCCAAUGAUAGAUGCUGGUGUUGCUGUAGCAGAAAAGGCAGGGACUUAUCUACCUUACGACGAGGGCUUACGUGACGAUGUAUUUGUCAAAGAUGCAGAAACUAAUCAACCCUUUACUGGGAAAGUUUGGAAUCCUAUCGCUACUGUAUGGCCCGACUUCACGCAUCCAAAUAGUACAGCGUACUAUUUUCGUAUGCUGAAAUCUAUGCACGAUAUGUUUGCAUUCGACGGAUUGUGGAUCGACAUGAACGAGCCAUCCAACUUUUUGAAUGGUAAAGUUAACGGCUGCACUUAUAACAAGCUGGAUUAUCCACAAUAUGUGCCACAUGUCGUCGAUAGAUUGCUCGCAACUAAGACCUUAUGUAUGAAUGCUAAACACCACCUGGGUUCGCAUUACAAUCUUCAUAACACCUAUGGCACUGGACAAGCAAUUGCUGCAAAUUUAGCUAUGAGAAAAAUCAGAAGCAAAAGACCUUUCAUAAUAUCAAGGUCGACUUGGGAAGGCGCUGGACAUUACGCAGGACAUUGGACUGGGGAUAUUUAUUCAUCAUGGCAUGAUUUGCGAAUGAGCAUUCCAGAGGUGUUGAGUUACAGUCUAUACCAAGUACCUAUGGUAGGUGCUGACAUUUGCGGUUUUGAUGGCAACGCAUCUGUAUCUCUUUGUAAUCGCUGGGUGCAGCUGGGUGCCUUUUACCCAUUCGCACGAAACCACAACUCCGACGAUACAAUUGUGCAAGAUCCCGUCGCCAUGGGAGACUUGGUGGUAGAAUCUGCCAAAAAAGCACUAAUGAUUCGUUACAGAUUUUUACCGUAUUUGUAUACGCUCUUUUUUAAAGCUCACAAAUUUGGUGAUACUGUAGCAAGACCGUUGUUUGUUGAAUUUACCAACGAUAGAAAUACGUACAGCAUUGACAAGCAAUUUUUAUGGGGAAGAUCUUUGAUGAUUAUACCUGUCUUAGAAGAGAAUGAGGUUGAAGUAACGGCUUACAUUCCACCCGGUCCAUGGUACGACUUCUACUCCAAGGCAUUUACAUUCUCAAAGGGAGAAAACCUUACCCUGAAAGCUCCGCUGGACACGAUACCAUUGAUGAUUCGUGGUGGUUCAAUUUUGCCAGGACAAACUCCAAAUGUCACUACAACCUUGAGCCGAAAAAAUAAAUUCGAAUUACUUGUGGCGUUAGAUGAAAACGGUUUUGCAAGCGGUGAAUUGUAUUGGGAUGAUGGAGAUAGUUUGGAUUCAUUUGAGAAACAGCAAUUCAGAUGGUUGAAUUUCACAGUAAAAGACCAAAAAUUGACGAGUCGUAAAGUAGAGAAGGGAGGUUUAAGUCAAGAUAUGAUCCUUGGAAGAGUCAGUGUAAUGGGAAUCAGUAGAAAAGUUUACCGCGUCUUCUUGAAUGACAAUAGUUCGAUUCCGUUUAUGUAUAAUAAAAGCAGACUGUACUUGAAUGUUAGAGGACUCCAUGUGGACUUGAAAAGAAACUUUACUUUAUCCUGGGCAUUCGAGGAAUAAGAUUGGUCCACCGAUACAAUAUUUUUCCAACGUUUAGUGAACUUUUGUAACGCUCUUAACACUUUCGUACGUACAGUACUACCUCGUUAUAAGAGUACUCCUUAUAAGAGAAUUUCCCCUUCGUUCCGCUUGAGCGAGUUUUAUAGCUUUUGCCAAAUCCUUUACUUUACGAGGUACUCCAACUUUGGAACAAUUGCGUUGCAUUAUACGUGUGCAGACACCGAAUCUGUAUAAAUUAUUCUGAUUCUCUUAUAACGAGAAGUGAAGAAUCAUCAGCACACUCACACACGUGCAAUAUCUGAGCUCUCCAACAGUAGUAGCGGAACGCUCCUGUGACGAAUUUCCUGGAAUCCUAUCCCUCUAAGCGCCCUAGCACUCUCUUGUAACAGGGUAGUACUGUAUACUAUUCUUUAUCCAAACACAGAUAGUCAAGUUGUGGAACAAUACACAAUUGCAUUCAAUGACUUUCCUUACCGUUUCAAAAACUUGCUGAAUCGUCUACUUCAAUACUUGGCAAUGAGAAUGAAUAAUUUUGUUGUAAUAAACAUUAAUGUGGGAGUUGGCCUAUCAUAAACCGGAUGCAGCUUCAUCCUGAACAAUAAUCAGUCACAAGCCUCAAGUAACAUAGAGACAUUCGAAACAGACAUAGUACUAGAAUCUGCCGCAAUCAUUUUCAAAUUUACACACACGAAACCAACAGAAAAUCGUGAAUUUUUACUUCCUAAAUAAGAAUAAAUUUAAACAUACAAUUUACCUCGAGUUUUGCACUGUUUCAAAAACUAAUUCGACUAUGUUAGUUCUCCAAUGCUACAAUACUUGAAUAUUAUGGGAGCGAAUCUGAAGAUAAUUGUCACCCCAUCUUUGACUGGUUUAAAAAAGGAAUUUUCGUUCAUCACGAUGCACACCGUAUAGCUGAAAUAUCGGUACAGGCUUAAUAAAUUUAAUGUUUACUUUGGAUAUUAGAUCACUAUCUAGUUUCCAAUGCAAAUUUAAUUAUGUCAAAAAGAAAAAAAUAAUGUAUACUUGAAGCAUGAGUUAUUACGUUGGAAAAAUUAAACGAGGAAACAAUAACACUUAUAUAAGUUAAGGAUUGAAUUUUUUUGGAUUUAUUAAACAACUUUUUUGUAAUUUUUUGGUGAUGAAUAGUAUGGAUCAAACAUUGUACAACAUUUGUCAAAAUAAGGUAAUAGAUUAGGCAUGUUUUGCAUCCGAUCCAAACCUCCGCCUGCCGCUUUCGUAGAUGCAAGGUAAUUAUAUUGAAUAAAUAAUAACUUAUUCUAAACUGGAUUUUUUUCAAUGGUGACAUGUAAUGAUUUAUAAACAUAUUGUAAUGAACGUAAAUUA